AUGCUUUGUGCGCUACGACACAACCAUAUUUGUACCCAUGUUCGUGCUAUCUGUACGUCGGCAGCUGCUCUAUCGAAGAAAUAUGAGCCUGAUCUGAGCGAUCCGAAGAAACUGGCACUGCAUAAGCUAUAUCGCCCAGAAAGAGUUACACCAAAUGAGAAAGGAUACAAUCUUCUCAAUACUCCACGACUGAACAAGGGCAUGGCAUUCUCGCUGAAAGAGCGUCAAUACCUCGGGAUUCAUGGCCUCUUGCCGCCGGCUUUCAUGACUCAGGAACAGCAAGCAUACCGUGUAAUGAAGAGAAUUCGAGAGGAACCGGACAACUUGCAGAAGUAUAUCAUCAUGGAUGAGCUGCAGCGUCGCACUGAAAAAUUAUUCUAUCGAGUUCUUUGUGAAAAUGUCAAAGAAUUGAUGCCUAUUGUGUAUACCCCUACAGUCGGUUUGGCCUGCCAAAAGUUUGGAUUCAUCUAUCGGCAUCCAAAAGGACUCUACAUAACCAUCAAUGACAACAGUAUUAGUAAAAUUUAUCAAAUUCUAUGCAAUUGGCCAAUACAGGACGUACAGGCUAUAGUGGUGACUGAUGGUGAACGAAUUCUCGGCCUGGGUGAUCUGGGCGCCUACGGUAUGGGAAUUCCAGUUGGUAAACUAGGUCUCUAUGUUGCUCUUGGAGGAGUUCAACCUCAGUGGUGUCUUCCGGUUGUUCUCGACGUCGGCACUAAUAAUCAGAAAUUGUUGGAUGACCCAUUCUACAUUGGUCUCCGACGCAAAAGAGUCCGCGGUCCAGAAUAUGACCGUCUGAUUGACAACUUCAUGAAGGCAGUAACCAAGAGGCUUGGAAUGUUCCGAUUUGUGUUAAGAUUCGGUCGUGACACGCUGGUUCAGUUUGAGGAUUUUGCCUUUGCGAAUGCCUUUACAUUGCUGGACAGAUAUAAGAACGAUUAUUGCACGUUCAACGACGAUAUUCAGGGUACGGCGGCGGUUAUUGUCGCAGGUCUUCUGGCUGCAACUCGUGUCACCAAAACGAAACUGUCACAGCAAAAAAUAGUGUUCCUCGGGGCUGGAUCGGCCGGCUUGGGCAUAGCUGAGUUAUGCGUGAUGCAGAUGAUGGAUGAAGGACUAACUGAAGAACAAGCUCGUGAAAAGAUAUUCUUGUUGAACAGCAAAGGCCUGAUUACCAAGGAUCGUGCGAAAACGCUCACUCCCCGUCACCAGCUAUAUGGGAAGGAUCUCCCAGAAACCGCAAGCCUUCUCGAAGUGAUCAAAAUGGUCAAGCCAACCGCUCUUCUAGGCAUCUCGACGGUUGGUGGCGCUUUCACCCCUGAAAUUAUUCGCGAAAUGGCCAACAUUAAUGCUCGCCCGAUCAUAUUUGCUCUUUCGAAUCCUACGAUCAAAUCUGAGUGUACGGCUGAGGAUGCCUAUAAACACACCAAUGGCACCGUUUUGUUCGCAUCUGGAUCUCCUUUCGAUAAUGUGGAGUUGAAUGGAAAAGUAUACAAACCUGGUCAAGGCAAUAACUCGUAUAUCUUCCCCGGUGUGGCGCUAGGCGCUAUUCUCUUCAAGGCAAAGCACAUUCCAGAGAAAGCGUUCCCACUUCAUUGCAAAGCCAGACGAGUUGCUGCAUCGGUGACUGAAAAGUCGCUGAACGAAUACUCGAGACUUUAUCCACGGCUCAAGGAUAUUCGUGAACUGUCUGUCAACAUUGCACUCGAUAUUGGUAAUCAUCUCUAUGAAAACAAUCUUGCCACGCUCCAUCCUGAACCGGAGGACAAGGAAAUGUUCAUUCGUCAACAAGUCUAUAACUAUAAUUAUGAGCCAUCAAUCAACGAUCUGUACUCGUGGCCCGAAAAGGAUGCUCGUCAUGGUUUCCCGGUCCCAGUUCUACCUCGUAUAUCUAUGGAUGACGAACCAUAG